AUGACGAACAAGCAGAGGACCCCGGAGCAGCCGGGAGGUUGUCGAACGGAAAGGGAAAGCCACAAGAGGAACAUUGGGGAAGAAACGAAGAAUAAUCCAAACGGCCCUGUUGUAUACUUGAGAGAGAAAGCCUUGUUGCGUGGCCUUGUUGCGUGGCCUUGUUGCGUGGCUUUGUUGCGUGGCCUUGUUGCGUGGCUUUGUUGCGUGGCUUGGCUGCGUGGCUUUGCUGCGUGGCUCGGCUGCGUGGCACGGUUGCGUGGCUUGGUUGCGUGGCCUUCUUGCGCGGCGCGGCUGCGUGGCCUUGUUGCGUGGCAUUGUUGCGUGGCCUUCGGCUGCGUGGCUCGGCUGCGUGGCAUGGUUACGUGGCUUGGCUGCGUGGCUUUGUUGCGUGGCCUUUUUGCGCUGGAGAGAUGGAUCUUACCCCAGCACACCUGGGGGAUUUGCGCCUGGCAGUGGUCCUGGCCAGCGGUGCGCGGGGCCAAUCCUGUGGCGCCAAAUUUGGGAUCACCUCCCGUUUUUGAAGCACUUCGAGAUGAAGAUGGUGAAGAUGGAAAUUGUGUGCUGCAAAAAAGCGACAGCCAAGUCUUGAGUUUCCUGCACGGCGCCCAAGCGGAUCAAAGUCUGCGCGCGACAUGUGCUUCAGUCCGUUUAGGUCGUGGCACUGUGGUGAACGGCGCCUUCUUUCCAGCACUGAAAGCGGUGAUUUGUUUAGAAAUGGCUGAAGCAGGCUCACCAGACGCUGUACCUGGCAAGUCUGGAAGUGCUCCGGAUGCAGCGAAUUGGAAACGUCUCUCAGAUUGUGACGAUGUGGCAGUUCCCUGUGGCAGGUAUCGGGUGUAUGCCAUCAGCAAGGAGGACUGGGAGAACCUCAGCGAUACCGAGCAGAAGGUGAACUUUGUGCGCAGCCUCUUGCAGGGCCAGCCCUUGGCAACUUGUCUGAAAGAGCGGAGCAAUCUGAGACUUAAAGACUCUGACUUCGGAGUAGCGCUGGGCCACACUGUGGGUCAAGUCCCAGAGCAGCGCUUCCAUUGGAACUAUGAGACAGAUAUGGAAGUGGCCCAAACUCGAGAUGCCGAGUUUCCCCAAUCUGUCCAGCUGGUAUUGUUUCAGGGCUCGGACGCCAUCACCAUCAUUCACAUCUAUGGGCGCUCAAUGGAGCGCUUUGAUGAGGGUGGCCGGACCACCGCGAAGUUUAAUUGGAGCAGGUCUGCAUUUGCCAGUGCUGCCAGCAAAGUCAGUACACAAAACAUUCAGCCAACAGCUGCUGCAGUGCCCCGGCCGUUGCCAGAUGACAAGGUCGCGGCCACUUUAGCCGUGGAUCCGGAGCUGGGCGCCGGGCUGGAGGUGGAGUUUGUGGAAGGUCAAGGCUACCGCGUGGAGUCCAUUCGCCCAUCCCCCGGGCAGCCUUCCAUGCGCAUGGGCGAUUUGUUGGUGUCGGUGAACGGUCGCAGCCUAGCCCUGACCAACGAGGAUGAUGCCGAUGAGGUCCUGGCCAACGAGCUGCGGCACGGCGUCCCGCUGAUCCUGCAGCGGCCAGCGGGCGACGAGCCGGUGGAGCCAAUGGCCCCCGAAACUAUUAUGGUCCCAGAGGCCUCCAAAUUGGCGGCUCCAGCUGCAGACAGACCAGAAGAAGCGCCGGCUCCACGGUCAUUGGCAGGACUUCUCAACAGUCUUUUUGGUGCGCCAGACAGCACGGGCGUUGGCCGCGACGCUGACAGAGAGGAGCCCGGUGGCGAAUGGCCGGGCUCAAGGCCUUCAGACCAAGAGGAUGACAACGAUGACAUCGAGGUUGUGGCACCUGCAUGGCCUCAAGUGGAGCAACAGGAGCAACAGGAGCAACAGGAGCAACAGGCAACGCUACCUCCACUGGCAGAGGAUGAGGAAGAGGAGGAGGUCAUGGUCUUCCAGUCGAGUCCGCCAGAUCCAUCGGUCGAGGGGCCGGAUGUGGAUGACGUAGAGCUCGACAAGCCGCGUGAGGAAUCCAUGAAAAGGUCACAACUUCAACCAGAAGUGGGUGAAGAUACGCAGCAAGAGGCUCUACUUUCCGAGUCCGAAGGCUUGAAGGUGCAGGAGGUUCCUGAAAAGAAGGACCCUCCGGCAGAACGCAGCCCACCACGCAGCACGGUGCGAUGCAAAGUGCCGGACCUGGAAGACUGGUUGCAGGAGCUAUGCUUAGAAGAGUACGUAGAUGCUGCAGCCAAGUGGUGUGCAGAGAUGGGUGCAGUUUCUCUUGAAGAGAUCGCUGAGAACAUUGAGGACUUUGGUGCGGAUGUCUCCUUGAAGCCCAUCGAGCGGCAACGUGUACAGAAAUGGGCCGCUCAGAAGCUUCAGGGCGCCGUGCCACUGCGGACGUUGGCCUUGGAGGAGCCCAGCCGUCCCAGCCGUGGUGUUCCCAGGGGGACUGUGCCACAACGCAGUCUCCCAGGCCUUUGGAACGAAGCGCCGGAGUGGGACGAGCCCAGCUGGAACCAACAAGCUGCCGCCCGGGAGAACCCGGUGUACACGGCACGCAGUGUACGCCUAGCGGUGGAUGCACAAGGCAAUACGGGCUUAGAUCUUCGUUUUGAUGAGGAUUGGGGCAUCCGUGUUCAAUCUGUGGAUCCUCUUCCUGGACAGCCGGGAUUAGCCGAAGGAGACUUCAUCGUGGCCAUUGAUGGCUGCUCCUUGAGACAUCGGAGCCACGAAGAAUGCGAUCAGGUUUUCUCCGAGCACUUGCAGAAUGGUGCCAUUCUGAGCGUUGUUCGAUGUUCUGCACCCCGGGAGUCACACACCAUGCUGGCGCAGACGGCGGGAUACAGCCGGAAGACCGAUCUGGUGCCCAACUGGCGUUUACCGCGGCCCGAUUUUCGGAACAGCCCAGGUUGGAGCCGGCAACGGCGAAGCGGACACGAUGCGAAUCGCAUGUGGAACCGCUUCAGCCAUAGACCACCCUGGUGA